GGGUCGCGCGCCGCCGGGAGAGCCGCCCGGAGAGGACGAGGAGGAGGAGGAGAAGGAGGAGAAGAAGGGAGCCCCCCCAGCAACGCCCCAGGAAGAGGAGGAGGAGGAGGAAGGCUUCCCCGGAGGAGGCAGGACCUGGACCCUGCUCUACAAUGGAAAAACUGCUCCUGUGCCUGCUGCUCAUCGGCGUAGUGGUCAAGGCGCAGAUCUGUCCGAAGCGGUGCGUCUGCCAGAUCCUGUCCCCGAACCUGGCCACGCUCUGUGCCAAGAAAGGCCUGCUCUUUGUCCCGCCCAACAUUGACCGGCGGACGGUGGAGCUGCGCCUGGCGGACAACUUUGUCACCAGCAUCAAGCGGAAGGACUUUGCCAACAUGACCAGCCUGGUGGACCUGACCCUGUCCCGGAACACCAUCAGCUUCGUCACGCCUCAUGCCUUCGCCGACCUGCGCAACCUGCGGGCCUUGCACCUGAACAGCAACCGGCUGAGCAGGAUCACCCACGACAUGCUGAGCGGGCUCACCAACCUGCACCACCUGAUCCUGAACAACAACCAGCUGACCCUGAUCUCCUCCACUGCCUUCGACGACGUCCUGGCCUUGGAGGAGCUGGACCUCUCCUACAACAACCUGGAGACCAUCCCUUGGGACGCUGUGGAGAAGAUGGUCAGCCUCCACACCCUCAGCCUGGACCACAACAUGAUCGACAGCAUCCCCAAGGGCACCUUCUCCCACCUGCACAAGAUGACCCGCUUGGACGUUACCUCCAACAAGCUGCAGAAGCUGCCGCCGGACCCGCUCUUCCAGCGGGCCCAGGUCCUGGCCACCUCGGGGGUCAUCAGCCCCUCUACCUUUGCCCUCAGCUUUGGGGGCAACCCGCUGCACUGCAACUGUGAGUUGCUCUGGCUGCGGCGUCUCUCUCGCGAGGACGACCUGGAGACGUGCGCCUCGCCGGCCCUGCUCUCCGGCCGCUACUUCUGGUCGGUGCCCGAGGAGGAGUUCCUGUGUGAGCCGCCGCUCAUCACGCGGCACACUCACGAGUUGCGGGUGCUGGAGGGCCAGCGGGCGACACUGCGGUGCAAGGCCCGCGGGGACCCUGAGCCCACCAUCCACUGGAUCUCCCCCGAGAACAAGCUCAUCUCCAACGCCACCCGCUCGCUGGUCUACGACAACGGGACGCUGGACAUCCACAUCACCACCGUGAAGGACACGGGCAACUUCACCUGCAUUGCCUCCAACCCGGCCGGGGAGGCCACCCAGUCGGUGGACCUCCACAUCAUCAAGCUGCCCCACAUCGUGAACAGCACCAGCCACAUCCACGAGCCGGACCCGGGCUCCUCGGACAUCUCCACCUCCACCAAGUCCGGCUCCAACGCCAGCAGCAGCGGCGGCAGCGGUGGCAGCAAUGGGGAGGCCAAAGUGAGCCAGGACAAGAAGGUGGUGGUGGCUGAGGCCACGGCCUCCACGGUCUUGCUGAGGUUCAACUUCCAGAGGAAUAUCCCAGGGAUACGUAUGUUCCAGAUUCAGUACAACGGGACCUAUGAUGACUCGCUUGUUUACAGGAUGAUCCCCCCCACCAGCAAGACCUUCCUGGUGAACAACCUGGCUGCGGGGACCACCUACGACCUGUGCGUGCUGGCCAUCUACGACGACGGCAUCACCUCCCUGACGGCCACGCGGGUGGUGGGCUGCAUCCAGUUCUCCACGGAGCAGGACUACGUCCGCUGCCACUUCAUGCAGUCGCAGUUCCUGGGGGGCACCAUGAUCAUCAUCAUCGGGGGCAUCAUCGUGGCCUCCGUCCUGGUCUUCAUCAUCAUCCUCAUGAUCCGGUACAAGGUGUGCAACAGCAACGGCGGGGGCCCCGGUGGGGGCAGCGGAGGCGGGCACCACAAGGCCACCAAGGUCAGCAACGUGUACUCGCAGACCAACGGGGCCCAGGGCCAGGGGCCCUCCGGGUCCAAGCAGGCCGCCAUGGCCCACGAGGAGGGGCUCCAGUGCUGCAAAGUUGUCGGCGACAGCGCGGCGGUGCCGCCCUCGUCCUCGGACUCUUCCGGCCAGGACUCCUCGGGAGCCGGUGCCGCCGCCGCCGCCGCUACCUCUGCGACGUUGCCUCACACGUGGACUGCGGGCCCCUCCGGCUCCCAGAAGCUGAAGCGCAAGUCCAUGCCAAAGCCCGGCGGCGAGCUGCUGGUGGCGUCGUGCGAGGGUGCCAGUGCCGCCUCCUCCGCCGGCCUGGAGUCCCAGAACACCAACCGGAACAACUCCACGGCGCUGCAGCUGGCCGGGGCCCGGGGUCCGGACUGCGCCCGGGCGGGCCCCUCCCUGUACAGAAGAGCACAAGCCAAGCCAAGUAAGUUCCUCACCUUGCCGGCCGACCCCUCCCGGGCCAAGCGCCGGUACUCCCUGAACGGAGGGGAGGCGGUGGAGUACUGCUGCCGCGUGAGCGCCUCCCCCUCCGCGCAGCCGGGCGGAUUCUGGUCCAAGCGCAGCCUCUCCAUGAACGGGAUGCUGCUCCUGCCCGCAGCGGGCGGCUCCGAGGCGGACAGCGGCAAAGCCACUUUCUCCAGUUCGGAGUGGAUAUUGGAAAGCACUGUGUGACCGCUCUGCUGCCGUGUGUGGUGGUGGUGAUGA